GAUUACACUAGUUAAAUGAACGGUUAGAGCGCGCUGUUCUACCAAAUGCACAUUGUUUAUACAGUCCAUGUUAGCGAAUGAAGUUAUUUAGCAACCAUUUUCUUUUAGGCCAAACAUCAUUCUUAGUACUUCGUGUAUGUUGUUAAGGAUAAAAAAUGUUGUUGAUAAUAAAUACUUUAAUUUGAUACAAAAAAUGCGUACACGAAAUAUAAGGACUGAUCGUAUGGGGCUUACGAAAAUAGUAUAUAGCUAGAGAUAAUGUGUAAGGCUUCAGCUGUUAUCACGAGUUAGCAAUAUAGUCUAUUAUAUUUAUGAAAAUCAGUGAACUGAGUAAUCUUUAGUUAAAUAUCUGAACUAGUGUGUAUAAUUGUGGUAAACAUCUGCCGUAGUUUGUCAAAAACGACGGAAAUUAUCUUGUCUAUGGUCAAGGAAUAUUAAAUAGUUUCUUAAUACACUUUUUUAUUUAAUACUUUUUUAAUUAUAUUUAUAACCGUGAUUUAUAAACAAUAAAAAUUUAAUAGAAAUAAGUAUACUUCAGUAAUUUUCUUAUAGUGAAUUAGUGGACAAUAAAUAUAAAUCGCGAAAAAUGACAACUGCUGCUCGACCAACCUUUGAACCAGCUCGAGGAGGUUCAGGACGUGGAGAAAAUGAUUUGAGUGCUUUGUCUGUACAAUAUUCUAGCAGAGAUUUACCAUCACAUACUAAACUUAAAUACAGGGAACCUGGUCAAGGAACUGCUGAAGAACUUCAAAAACAGGACUUUGCUAAAAUUCUUGAAGAAAAAGAAAAAGGUGUAACAUUAAAAUCUAUAGGAAAUAAUGAACCACCUUUGAAAAAAAUCCGUCCUGAACAUGUACCUAUUGCAACUUUAGAUGUAGAUGACCCUUUAGACCUUGAUGCCUCUGAUGACGAUGACAGUGAAGAUGAUGCUGAAGAAUUAAUGUUAGAAUUGCAAAAAAUUAAAAAAGAAAGAAUGGCUGAAGAUGCUCGAAUGGAAUCUGAAAAGCGUGAAGCUGAAGAACAAAUCAGAAUUCAAAACAUUCUUCAAGGCAACCCUUUGUUAAGCUAUAGUUCUGUUGCACCUAAAGUAAAUCAAAAAGUUAAAAGACGUUGGAAUGAUGAUGUAGUAUUUAAAAACUGUGCCAGGACAGAACCUGAAAAGAGCACUACCUUUAUAAAUGAUUGCAUUCGUUCUGAUUUUCAUAGAAAAUUUAUGGACAAAUAUAUCAAAUAAAUUUAAUUAUAACUUCUAAACAAUGUGAAAAAAUUUUCUACUAAAAUACUUUAAUUAUAGAUGUACAUGAAAUUUUGAGUUAAACAAUAUUAAACAACAAUAUAAUGUUUUCUUAAAUAA